UUUGUCAAUACUUUGGAGAAGUCAUUGAUUUCCAAGACAAAGAUCUAGUGAAAGUCGCAUAUUGUGACAAAAUGUGCGACCGGUCGUCCCUUGGGUCUUAUGACAAAAAAGAUGAGGGUCCGGUCCUUCGGCGUGGGCUCAUCAAUUUGGCUCAACCUGGACAGGACAACUACGACUUAGUGGAUCUAAGCAUUACACGAGUCAAGCGCACUUCCUCUGUGGAUGAGGCUUAUGCAACUAAGCGUCCCAAGACAUUUGGAAGUAAAAAGCCAAUCCGCAGGGCGUCUUCUAUGGCGCCGUUUAAGGUGCCUUGGAAGGUACCCCCGGCAGCAUGGUCAGACGACACGAGUGCAGGUCCAAGUGUUCGGCCCAAUGAGCCAAAAGAAGCUAGCAGCGGCCCUGCUCCGAUGGUUGGUGCCACGACAGACGAUCUUGGCCUUGAUCUCCACGAGAAACCCCCCGCUAAUCCGAGCCAGCCAGACCCCCACGUUGAUCAGGACGAAGGCCUCAUUCAACUCACCAACGAACAAAAAUUGGCUUUGGUUGAAGAUUUGGAGAUCGAUGUCGCUUUUUCCGAGAAAAUUCCUAUAACUGCAAGGGAGGAUGGAUUGGAGACCAUACUUUCUGCCUUGCGUCAUUCAUUACUGGAAAGGCGGGAUGCCGCUGAACAGGUCUGGGAAGAUGUGCAACGGGGAGGACGGUCACUUGACGGGCUGAAACGCGCUCAUGUGGUGCGCAAGUGUGCUAUACGACUGGAGUUCAAUGCUAUGUCGUAUGCAGCGAACACUGAAGGAUAUGUGGACAAAGUGGGUGCACGCUCUAGGGCGGCCUUUGGCCUUGGUUUGGGCCACCGGAAGACAAAGGAGAUAGAGGAAUGCUUAGAUUGUUUGAAGGGUGCCGUUGGCAAAACUAGAUGAAUUUAGGGAUAUACACGCACUCUAUAAUAGGUGCAUCUUAGGCCUAGCGUACGAAGUAAUAAGGCGGUGUACUUAGAUCAGGUCUUCUCGAUGUUGACGGCGUAGCAUCUGAUGUUCUUUAUAUGCAUAAUCGGUGCUCCAGUCAGCC